GUGAAAACGAUGACAUCACGUGAAGUAAUUAUCGCUUCGGACGAAAGUGAUUCGGCCGAGGAGGAGCAAAGCCCUCAGAACAACAAAUCGGAGCAGAAGCAAAGCAGCAGUUCCCGCAAACAUAAAAAGCAUAAGCGUCACAAGAAAUCAUCAAAAUCCGAUAAGGCGGAGAAGACCUACAAGGCCAAGAAGCAUAAAAAGCACAAACGGAAGCACCGUGGCGAGGACGAAGAGAACGAGGCAAGCAGCGGGUCGGAAGCUGACCACGCCAAGAACAAUGGCGCAAAGGUAGAAGUGCGUAAAGUGGAACAACCUGCACGAUCCAAGCGAUCCGCCGAAAGCGACGUUGGCGAUGACACGGCGCGUCCGAAAAACAAUGGCAGCAGCAAGGUGGCGGAAAAACGGAAAGGGCACAUAUCGACGGACCCGGACAAACUGGUACAAAUGCUAACGCAAAACCUGGAGAAGCGCAAGGAGGACGUCGUGUCGGUGGAAAGUGAAAGUGAGGGAACGGCGGUGGAGGAUGCACCCAGCCCGGAUGUGGCGGUCAUCGAAGACGAUGAACUCAAUCUGGAGGAUCUGAUGCGCCAGAAGGCAAUGCUACAGGCUUGCCUUGGUGAGUAUGCGACGGACGACGAAGAUGACGGAAAGCAGUCGAAGGCUAAAGGAGGAGAACGUCCGGUUAAGAAGAAGCGUGUGGAGCCGAAUGAAGCGGUCAUAACAAUCGAUGGAGAUUCGACGCCGGAUGAUGUGGAUCGGCUGCUCAAGAAGGCAGCUGUGAACCGCACGACUGCGGCGCGCAGUGGCCAGGAUGAUUCACAACCUCCCUCCCACCGGAGCUCUAACGCAGAGGUCGACAAAAGGUCAUCGAAAGAAUUCCAGUCACAGCAGCAGCUAGCAGAUGGACGCUCAAGGCAAUCGGAUCGAGACCGCGAACGGGACCGGGAAAACAGAACCCGUGAGGAGCGCCGUAAUCGGGAGGACGAUAACUACAAGCGCCGCAUGGCCGAGGAACGCUUCGAGCGGGAGAAAGCUCGCGAGCGCGAACGCGAUCGGGAUAGGGACCGGGCGAGGGCCCGCCAGCGAGAGCGCGAUCGUUCCAUGGAUCGGUCGUUCCGCGAUCGACGUGGCUAUUCGCCGCGUGAUCGUAGCCGCGAGAGACGUUCGAUGGAAAGGGAUCCCCGUGGUCGGGGAGGAGGGGGUCGGUUGGGAUCACGUGAUCGUUUCCGUGGCAGAAGCAGGGAUCGUAACGUGCGCGGUGGUCCGGGUAGGAUGGAUCGAGACUUCCGCGAUCGCGAUUGGGAUCGUGGUCGCGACAGGGAUCGAGAUCGAGGUUAUGGGCGUGGUAUGCAGCGGAACGGGCGCGACGGUCGGGGUGGCGGCGGCAGGGGUCGGAAGGUGGAAGACGAUCGUUUUAAGGAUUCUCUUAGUGAAGGACUCAAGCAGCAGAAGGAGUCUAGUAGCGACAGUGAAAUUGCCGACAUCGACAUUGACGAUGAGGAGGACGAGGAGAAGAUCAUUGAAAAGAGACGCAAGGAGCGCGAAGCGCUACUGAAGAAACUGGGUGCAGCGAACGAGGACAGCAACAGCAUGACGGAAGUGCAACCGCCCGAACUGCGCCAGCUGAGCAGCAGUACCGGCCCGUCGUCCCGGAACGAUUCAUCCACCAACAACAGCCGGGAAGCGACGGCCCACCACCAGCAGCAGGAUGACCGCGAUGGGACCGACCAGUCGCUCACGCCCCCGAUACCGAGCGAACGGCGGGAUCUGAUGGAUCAGGUAGAACGUAAGCAGAAAGACCCGGCCGACCCACCGAAAGGGGACCUGGACAGGCAGAGUAAGGAACCGAAAAGUACUGCGAAAGAAAAUGUUAAACGCCCCGAAUGGGACAUGUUUGCCGAACAGGACAUCGACUCCAACUUCGACUCGCCGAACCAGGUGGUGGCGAACAAGCAGGCGCACGAGAACCCGGCCUUGACGGACAACUGGGACGACGCGGAAGGCUACUAUCGUGUCCGGAUCGGUGAGGUGCUGGACAACCGGUACGUGGUCGCCAACUACACCGGCCAGGGGGUGUUCAGUACGGUCGUGAAGGCUCGGGAUCAAGCCCGUGGCAGUGCCUUCGUUGCUGUUAAGAUCAUUCGCAACAACGAGAUCAUGCAUAAGACGGGCCUCCGGGAGCUGGAGAUACUGAAGAAACUCAACGACGCGGAUCCAACCGAUCGGUACCAUUGCCUUCGCUUGUACCGACACUUUUUCCACAAGCAGCAUCUGUGCAUGGUCCUGGAGCCACUCUCGAUGAACCUGCGGGAGGUGCUGAAGAAGUACGGCAAAAACGUCGGUCUGCACAUCAAAGCCGUACGCAGCUACACCCAGCAGCUGCUGCUGGCCUUGAAGCUGCUGAAAAAGACCGGUAUCCUGCACGCGGACAUCAAACCGGACAACAUUCUGGUCAACGAGAACAACUUGGUGCUGAAGCUGUGCGAUUUCGGAUCGGCAUCGUCGAUCACCGACAACGAGAUCACGCCGUACCUGGUGUCGCGCUUCUACCGUGCGCCGGAAAUCAUCCUCGGCCUGUCGUACGACUACGGUAUCGAUAUGUGGUCGGCCGGAUGCUCCAUCUACGAGCUGUAUACGGGCAAGAUUUUGUUCAGUGGUCAGUCCAAUAAUCAAAUGCUUAAGUGUUUCAUGGACCUGAAGGGCAAGAUACCGAACAAGCUGAUUCGCAAGGGUCAGUUCAAGGAUCAACACUUUGACCAGAACUGCAACUUCCUAUCGCACGAGAUAGACAAAAUCACCGAGCGGGAAAAAAUUGUGGUCGUAUCAGUCAUAAAGUCGACGCGGGACUUACAGCAGGAGCUCAUUGCCGGACAGAACCUUCCCGACGAGCAGAUACGCAAAGUAUCGCAACUGAAGGACCUCCUGGACAAGGUGUUCGCCCUCGAUCCCGCCAAGCGAAUCUCGCUGAACCACGCGCUGGCACAUCCGUUCAUACAGGAUAAAAUCUAAAGGGAAACCCGUAGAAACCGAAUAGGAGAGCGAAUGCACCUGAGGCCCCGUACGCAACGGAAGUAUACUCCUUCCAAAAACCCCUUUAUUUGGACAUAAAUGAAUCCAUUCUCUCCAGCAUAUCUGCAGCUCCUUCAUGUACAUUAACAAUGACCUUUUCUUACUUACGCGCUUCGCCGAACAACAACAACAACAACAACCACGUCGACCGCAAUCCGCACCACUUUCUGCACACACCACACGCGCGCAGUCGAAUUCAUCGAACGAUGAAGGAAGCCCUACCCGAUGAAGAUGAUGAUGCACCCAUCAAUCUCUCGUAGGAAUCAAAGUGUGUGUGUGUGAUUAGCAGGCUAUGAAGACCGUGCUGCAGAACUUGUAAAGAAAAACACAAUUUCUCUUGUUUUGUUCACGAAGCAAGCAAUGAGAGAGGUAAACAACUAAAAGCCACUCAUGUAGUAAUCUUUAAUCGAUCUUAAUCAUUAUGGAAGAAGAACAAAAACAAAAGCCCCAUACAUAUGCGAAACACUAGACCAACCAUAGGAAUGAUUACGAUUUGUGAAAAUCUAGCAUCGGAGAAUUAAUCUUUUUCUUUCGUUUUACGUAACGAGGAUACCGUUUUUCUUCUUUUCGGUCACUUUAAUGGUACCAUUUUUUCUUUGCUCAACAACACCUUGACUCUGGCCGAUUUAGCAGGUUGCAGAAAGUAUUAAAUUAUCGCCAGGCAUGAUUAGCUUAAGCUUCGGUACUGACACGAACUUGGUGGCAAGUGAAGAAUGAUUUAAAAUCAUUUUGUAGACUAUGUUUUAAUUGUUUUUAUGUUCGCCAUUUGAUUAUAUUUCAAUCAAAUUCUUCACCAGAGGGGUAAAUAAAUAGAAUUUACAAAUCGA